ACAAGCGUCAGCUCUGUAGUCCCAUUCAUGAACGCUGUGAUCACAUUCUACAGUUGUCGGGAGUUGGGGGAACGGAUAUAAAUAGAACUCUACACUUACUUAAGACCCAUUUCUCAAUAGUAUACAAACAUUUUGUUGAGCGCUGCGAUACUGUACGGUGCGUCCCAAUGGAGAACCACACACUUCUUGGACUGAUUACUGCAGCCUUUGGACUGCUAGUAUAUAUGGUUCAACCUGAGCCCCUGCGAUCUGUUGUGUUAACGAACGAAAUUACUUCAAUUGUUUUCUAUGUUGCGAUUGUGGCGCUAACGCUUGUAUUGAUGAGGAAGGCCCCGGAAGAAGAUGUGGACAGCGGGGGAAAAGCAGUUUUCAUCACAGGAUGUGACAGUGGGUUCGGCUACAACCUAGCAGUCAGGCUAGACAAACUGGGCUUCACUGUGUUCGCGGGGUGCCUGAUGCCCGACAGGGAGGGUGCACGGCAGUUGAACGAGGACACGUCGGACAAACUACACAUCGUCAAGGUUGACGUCACUGACGACUGGCAGGUGCGCGGCGCCCUGAAAUACGUCAAAGAAAACCUUAAGGAAAAUGUGCUGUGGGCCCUGGUGAAUAACGCUGGCAUCGCCGUGUUUACGGAGAUAGAGUGGUGUUCCGUGGACCAGUUUCAGCGGGUCAUGGACGUCAAUGUGUUUGGCGUCGUGAGAGUCACCAAAGCAUUUCUACCUUUAAUACGUCCGUCUAAGGGACGAGUGAUUAAUGUGGCCAGUUUGGCAGGUCGCUUCACCCUCCCAGCCUUCUCAGCCUACUCCAUGUCCAAGAAGGCUUGCAUUGCUUUCUCUGACGGCCUGCGUCUUGAGAUGGCCAAGUUUGACGUCAACGUGAUCACCAUCGAGCCCGGCUUGUACAGAACGCCUAUCGCUAGUGAAAAUUACUUGAUUGAUAUGAAUCGCAAAUCGUGGGCAGAAACUCCGAAGGAGGUGAAAAAUGACUACGGAGAAGAAUAUUUCGACGCCUUUUUGGAGAACAUAACACAACAAAUGAAGCGGGCGCGACCCAACACCAAUGAGGUCGUGGAUCUCAUGGUGAAAGCUGUUACCACCGCCAAACCAAAACAACGCUAUGUUCCCUAUUGGAAGUCAGAUGUGCGCGCGCAUAUUUUGAUGUCACUUCCGGGGUCCAUCACUGACAAACUAUUCAAAGCGUAUACUGUUAAAGUUGAGGUGGAGUCUAAACGGAGAGCAUCUGACAGGGAAAAAUCUAACGGAACACCGUCACCCAUUGCCAAGUGAGGAAGGAUUUCCCAGUUCAACAAUAGAUCGUUUUGAUAAGAAGCCCUCGCGCGGCUCCUUAAAGGCGAUGCGUCAGUUCUGGCGAGAACCGAUGACACUGAUUGACAUUAAUACCUCAGCGAAGUGUAAGGCAAUCAGAGACAAGUGUCCCUUUAAUAUGUGUAAGAGUUCAGGUAUUGAACAGCCAUUGUGCAGCGUGCGUAGUGCAUGUAAUGCGCGUAGAUGAACAAACGAGGGACACUAGAGAAAUUCUAUGAUUGUUUCUACUUUGCAGAAUAUUGUCGAAGAAAAUCUAUGCUGUUAAGUGAUGGAUGUUGUCCAAUGAAAGUGUAAAUUGAACAGCUUUGACAAAUUGCGACUCUAAAACGUUCUUCUUUGUCAGUGAUGUUAAAGACAGCACUGUGACAUAUUGAUCCAUUCUCAGUGCAGGAUUCUGUCGUGCGAUGUUUCACCAUUGAUCUUUUGAACACUACAUAUUCGAGAAAUUAAUUAACAGACCCUGUAUGAUAAAAUGUAGCUGGAAAGAAUAAGGAUCGAUUGUUGCUCAGCUUCAGUGAUUUUAUGCUGUAUGACACGGGUACUAAAAAUGCCAAAUGUGUCAGCAAGUUUGAAACGUAACCCUCUUGUAAAUAUGUCCAACAUAGUUAUCUCCCUUUAUUAGAUGCAUUUGUCAUUUGCUGUUGCAUAGAAGGACGCCGAAUAUGUAAUUCCUCUCAUCAAUUGGAUAUCUACAUUGUUUUAUCAUUUCAAUAUUACCGAUUUGCGUGUUGUCAGUACCUUGGAUUUUUUAUGCUUUAAUAGUAAUGAUGAUACGAUAUCUCUCUGUGAAGAGGGCCGGUCCGGUAGCCUGGUUAAAACGUUCGCUCGUCUCGCCGAAGACCCGGGUUCGAUUCCCGACAUGGGUACAAUAUGUGAAGCCCAUUUCUGGUGUCCCCCGCCGUGAUAUUGCUGGAAUAUUGCUAAAAGCGACGUAAAACCAUACUCACUCACUCAUUACGUGAAGACAUGAGGAUACCUCUAUAGAAGGUCACAUCAGGUGAACGUACAAAUCAGCCAAUCAACGUCGAGGCUUCUUAAUUCUCGGCACGACUAAGUCAAGCAACCAUGCAGGUAUAUCUGAUUUCUGUAUCUCAAAAACGAAAACAAUCGGAGAAAUCCGAAGGCAAAAUAAUAAAGCCGAGGAAAUAUAUUUUUGUGAAUAUUUUAUCAAUCCUGUCGUUUCUGAGCGCCAUGCAUCUACACCCUAUACAAUUACGGGUACACUUGUGUUCAGUGGUGGUAUUCUUUUGUGAAGAUCGAAAUUAUAAAAUUGAGGCGGUAAAAUAACGCGACCUUCUAUGGAGAUGUCGUCAGAUCUUGACGUAGAGAGGUAUUAUAUCUGUGUAAAAGAUCUGAUUUUAAUGAGGACUGGAUGUUAAAAAAAGUUGAAAUGGCAGCCUUAAGUGAUUUAAAGCUGUUGCCUGUGUAUGAUAAUUUCGCCUCCCGCGACAAAGAUGAUAGAUUUAAUAAGAGUGUUUUAGAUUUAACAUACUCAAGCUUCACCUCGGUACGAUUGUAAAUACAUUGACUCGGAGGUCAAUGAAUAUGCACUUGAUUUAAUGCAGUGGUCGAUGUCCAAUUGACAGAAAUUUUAAUUAUUUUUGUUUUUUGCCAUUCAAUCAUAAUAAUAGUAUAUUGUUGUUACAUCUUUGUGUGACUGUAUUGUUGUGAAUUAUGUUAAUCAGGGAUUAUCUUAAAAUCUUAUUCGCGAGAUAUUUUUUGUCACUUAUCUACUUUUAUUAUUACUAUUAUUACAAUAAUACUGUCAUUGUUAUUAUUGAUAUCAUUGUUUUAGACACAUCCUAAUGUCUCGGUAAUCCAUGGUUCCGUGUUGCAGCUACAGGUUUCAAUGCUAUUUUCUGCUGCACAGAAAUGGUCAGGUUCUUGGCCACCGUGAUACUAAAGGUUACAGUCGGUAAACAGAGAUCACCAAUGAGGUCAAGAAAUAAAUAUGUUAUAUGCCGAAUUAUAUCUAACCAAAAUACCUGUCUAUGCUUAAUAUACUUCGAAGCACACGAAGCUGAUCAAUGAGUUCAUAUUUCAGUGAGCAUUGAAUAAUAGGAAGUGCAAGGGUCCAUUAAAAAUGACAAAUAUAUCCCAAAUCCCCUAAUAGUGAGGUUGGUUUACGGUCGCUUUGAAAGUCUUUCAUUUGCGUCAUGGCGUGUCAGCUUGGUGUAAGAGGAAAGCCCCAAGCCAAUGCAAAUCUUAAACGUUUGAACCCACUAUCACUGGUAUGGUUCUGACAAACCUAGAAACAUAAUCAGGGUGAAGCUAGAAUGGGAAGCCAUGGUGAUAGGUUCCUGGAACGCCUAAGGUAAGCAACUCUGCACAGCGAAUUGUGUCACCUUGGACGACCCCACCACCUGUAUCUACUGGGCUCCACAAUUUGUGCAUUAGAAGCUGCUUCCCGCUGUUCCUUACACCCGACGUCAUCAUGAUGAGAGGGGAUAGAUAUGUUUUUGAGGAUUCACACUCUCAAUGUACAAAUAGUGCCUGCAACGUGUGAACUAUUGAUUCAUCUUCAAAGUGUCCAUUUAUCAAAAUAUUGAUUCAUCAUCAAAGUGUUCAUUUAUCAAAAUAUUGAUUUUUUUCAAAGUGUCCAUUUAUCAAAACAUUGAUUCUUCUUCAAAGUGUUUAUUUAUCAAAAUAUUGAUUCAUCUUCAAAGUGUUCAUUUAUCAAAAUAUUGAUUCAUCUUCAAAGUGUUCAUUUAUCAAAAUAUUGAUUUUUUUCAAAGUGUCCAUUAUCAAAAUGUUGAUUCUUCUUCAAAGUGUCUAUUUAUCAAAACAUUGAUUCUUUUUCAAAGUGUCCAUUUAACAAAAUAUUGGAUCAUCUUCAAUGUGUUCAUUUAUCAAAAUAUUUUCCGCAAUUGUUCUGUAUUUUUGUGAAUGCGUGUUUCCCAAAUAAUACAGAUCAUUAGAGUAUCAUUAUUGAUAUUAUUACCAUCUUUGUAAUAUAAUCGAUAUAUUAAUCGAAACGAAAAACCAAUCCGAUCACGAUCCGAAAAAUAAAUAUAUACAUAUCAUGUAGAUGAACUACUUUCGGCAAGCUCUAUACAUCGAUGCUAUGCCUAGUAGCUACAAACCGGUUGUGUGAGUGCCUGGGCGGUUCACACAGGCAUUGUAUUCACACAGGCAUUGUAUUCACACAGGCAUUGUUAAAGAACAUAUCUUUAACUUCAAUUAUUUCAAUCGAUAAAGAGGUUAUUAGCCGAGUGUGUUUUGUAUGGUAAAUGUAAAUCAAGAAUAAGAAUUCAUUUGUAUAUUCGAGCCUUUGGCGUUUAUCGUACCUUUUACUUUUGUAUUUGGGCAGUAGGGGACCAAUACGCUCAUCAGUGAGCAGAUCUGUACUAUUGUUGUAAUUGUAACUAACUGUUCAUUUUUUAUUUAUGUCAGUCGUGCAGCAAAAUCUUAUACCAUCGUUGUUACUUAAGUUUGUGUCUACUCGUGGUUUUUCCGGCACAAAACGAAUGAAUCAUCCGCACUCGCGCCUAUCCGUAACCUGCCAUUCGGCAUGUCACGGAACCUCACGAUUCCGUCACCCGAGAAGCGUAUGCCACACGGGUGACUUUAACACAGGUACACACACGUCUAGGGAGUCUUUGAAUAGGUAUGAUAAUAGUGCUGAAUAUAUAUUACAUAUUUGGUUUAAGUGAAUGGUAUUAGUACGUCAAAUGGAUAGGAUUAUAUUGCAGUUUGUCAUCCAAAACUUGCUCCCGCGGGAGAUAUCUCUUGGUUGAGAUCAAGCAUUGCAUCACAAUGCUUUGCAGACCAUUUUGACUUGAUUGGUUACCAUGACGUCACUCAAAUGACAUCACUAAUGGCUCUGCCACUGAAGCUGUUAGCAGUACUUUUUACACUUAAGACACUGCUUAUUACUGUCUGCAAAAAGUUGUAAGAAUGAUGUUGGAUGAUAAGUAGAAUCUCACCCUUGUGUCUUUUGAUAUCAAAUAUAUCAACACUCGUCGAUAAAAGUUUAAAAUCCCUCGGACAGCCUCGGAGUUUUGAACUUUUAUCGACUCGUGUAGAUAUAUUUGAUAUCAAAAGACACUUGGGUGAGAUUCUCCAUAUAUACAUAUGUAGAAGUGCUUGGGAAACAGUUUGCAUAACAAGAAGUAAAUAUGUAUAUUUAAGUACCUGUUGUUAGUGUUCGCGGGGCCAUUUUACUGGUCUCGGGUAGAUGCUCACAACACGAUAUUGUGUUGUAGUUAUUGGUUAUUAAUUUCAAUAUUAUUAUAUAGCAUGUAAUACUUAAGCAUUGGUUGUGUAAUUAUUGCCUGUACAUUAUUAUUGUGACAAACAAAUUUGUUCUAUAUGUAGUUGCAUAAUCGUAAUAGUUUGUAAAAAGUGAUUACGUGAAUAGCAUACAGUUAUGUUUCUGCUCCAAGUAUACGAUAUGUAAUACUGUAAUGUGUUAAUGUAUUUGUUAUUUUUCCGCAAAAUAAAUUACAAGUUUAUUCAAAUAAA